AUGCAGUCGGAAACAAUUUGGUCAAGUGGGCAUAAUUCCCCUAUUCAAGCUCACCCACUGUUGAAUUCAUCAUCAACAACAACAACUACAACAGCAACAGCUACAGGUUCUCAAUAUAAAUCAGUUAUUGAUCAAGUUGAUCCUGAAGUUGUUCGUUUAUUUGCAAGUUCAAACUCUUUUGAUCCAUUAUCUUCAGCCACUACGGAAAGAAGAUUAUCAUUUAAUGAUGGAAGUGAUAUUUUAGAAAAUGAUUUUUUUGGUUUUAAAAGAGGUGCUUUAUCUGCCAUUACUGCUCCUGUUGUUAGUACUAAUAAUCAUGUAACUAAUAAACAAUUUGGUACUGCUUCAAUCAGUGGCGGGAUUGCUAAUAGACAUCCUCCUCAAGAUAGUUUUUUACAAAAAUUUGCCAGUGUUGCGGAUGCAACUAGAGAAAUUGAAUUGGGUAGAUUAACAUUAGAUGAUAGAAGUGUCACUGGUGAAAGUCUUAAAGUUGUUACUACCAGUGCAUUUACUUCUCCACAUGGUUCUUUAAAUGAAAAUUUGAAUAUGCCUGUUCCUCAAAGAGGAUCAAGACAUCAAUCUAUUAGUGAAAAAAUUGAUAAUUACAACAAUAAUUCUCCAAUUCAAGCAAGUUCUGCUUUAUCUAUUAGUUCUGAUUUGAAUUCUGAUCAUGGUGGUAAUGUUGCAACAAGUGGUCCAAGUCAUAAUUUUUGGAAUCCUGCCACUGCAACUUCUUUCACUCCUGCUGGAGCUGUCAAUCCUCAAAAUUAUUUCAUGGAUAUGAAUGGGAUGCCAAUUCCUCCACCUUUACCUCCUCAAGGGUUUUAUCCUCCAAGAGGUGUCAACUCUUCUUCGGCCACUGCUAGUGCUACUGCUUCUGGUGGUAUGACCGCUGGUAAUGGUCCACCUCCAAAUCAAAAUGGUGCUACUCCAAAUAUGCCAAUUAAUUCACCACCACCUUUUAUGAUUCCUUCUCCACCACCUUUUAUGGAUCCAAGUUUAUAUGGUAUGAUGUAUGGUGGCUUCCCACCUCCACCGCCACCUCCUCCACAGCAAUCACCAGGAGCUAAACAACAUUCUGAUGAAAAGCUGACAUCACACGCCAGUUCAGAAUCUGGUGAUGAGAAUAAAACUGAAUCCGAUGAUAAGGAUGGAGCAAAUGAUAAAAGGAAGGAACAAUAUGGUCCAGGUCCAAUUGGAGGUGUUGGUCUUAUGAAUCGUCAAUUCUCACCAGCUUCAUUUAUGUUUCACCCAUUUAAUCCUUAUUCAAUGUAUCAACAAUCACCACCAUUGAUGGCACAUGAAGCUGCCUUACGUGGAAUGACUCCACCUCCAGGUAUGGGAAUGCCACCUCCACCAUCACAAAUGGAUAAUUCUCCUACUUAUAACAACACUGGUGCUUCACAAGGACAACAACAACAACAACAACAACAACAGCCACAAUCGCAACAACAGCCACAAUCGCAACAACAGCCCCCUCAACAACCAUCAACCUUAAAAGGUGAUAAUGCCAAGCAUGAAGGUGCUGGUUCAAAAAAAAAAUCUAACCAUAAAGGUAAGAAUGGUAAUGGUGGAAAUCACAUUUAUCGUUCCCCAUUAUUGGAAGAUGUUCGUGCCAAUCCAAAAGCCUUCAGCUUGAAAGAUAUCUAUGGACAUGCGGUUGAAUUUACUAAGGAUCAACAUGGAUCUCGUUUUAUUCAACAAAAAUUACCUGAAGCCAGUGAUGAAGAAAAGCAAACUAUUUUCAAUGAAAUUUGGGAGAUUUCUUAUGAUUUAAUGACUGAUGUUUUUGGUAAUUAUGUUAUUCAAAAAUAUUUUGAACAUGGUAAUAGUACUCAAAAACAAGUGUUAUUGGAAAGUAUGAUUGGUCAUAUUCAUGAAUUAUCUUUACAAAUGUAUGGUUGUCGUGUUGUUCAAAGAGCAUUGGAAGCCAUUGAAACAGAAGGUCAAUUGCGUAUUAUCGAAGAAUUAAAGGAUCAUAUUUUGGUUUGUUGUAAGGAUCAAAAUGGUAAUCAUGUUAUUCAAAAAUCCAUUGAAAAAAUCAAGCCAUUUUCCAAAAUUAGAUUUAUUUUAACCAGUUUAGAUACUCAAAUUUACCAUUUAUCUACUCAUCCAUAUGGUUGCAGAGUGAUUCAAAGAUUGCUUGAAUUCUCCGAUGAAGAUGAUCAAAAAAUGAUUCUCACUCAAUUGAAUAAUUUCCUUUAUUAUUUGAUUUUAGAUCAAUAUGGUAAUUAUGUUAUUCAACAUAUUUUAGAAAAUGGUACACCAGAAGAGAAAGAACCAAUUUUAGAAAUUGUUUUAGGAUCUGUGGUUCAAUUUUCUAAACAUAAGUUUGCAUCAAAUGUUAUUGAAAAAUGUAUUAAAUUUGGGGAUCUCAAUCAAAGAAAAAGAAUUUUACAUGAAGUUAUGUUGGGUAAUGAAGAUAUUAAUGAUGAUUCAGAAAUUGGUGAUGAUUCUCCAUUAGCUUUGAUGGUUAAAGAUCAAUUUGGUAAUUAUGUUAUUCAAAAAUUAGUUGAAGCAUUUGAUGGAGAAGAAAGAAGAUUAUUAAUUGUUAAAAUUAAGAAAUGUUUAAGUUUAUCAGGUAAUAAUUUGGCCAGUAUUAGAAACAUUAGAAAUAUCAUUGAUCAUGUUUCUGAAAAUGAAUUUAAAUAA